UGUUCAAAUGUUCACAUAUGGAUUUGGAGUUUGACCACCUCUUUUUACACAUAUGAAAUUCACCUACACGUGUCCCCACUGCCCGAUAAACCCCUCAAUAUAAUCUUUCUAUUCUCAAAUGGGUGGCAAAAACAAACACAAAAAAAAAAUCAUAAUAAUAAAUGACGCCGCUAGAGGGCGCUUACACAUAGCUUCAGGUGCAAACAACUUGAGAAAGGGGGAGGCCAUUCACUAGCUUUUUAGCUACACACAUCUAGCUACUGUUAGCUAGCCGGCGGCUAGCAAGCGAGCUAAAAUAGCAGUUCAGCUUAAUGUCUCCUUCCUUAUGAAGUGAUGGCAAGAGAACCGUGCUCACAAACCGAAGCUGAAUUGUAUUACCUCAUUGCCAGAUUUCUCCAGUCAGGACCUUGUAAAAAAGCAGCACAGAUUCUGGUUGAGGAGCUGGAAGAGUUCGAUUUGGUCCCGCAACGAUGGAGCUGGGACGGAGAGAAAUACAGACGGACCUUUCAAGACUGGAUGACUGUAAACCAGCACAUUCCUGCAGACUAUUUGCUUCGGGUCUGCCAGCGCAUCAGCCCACUGAUAGAGAAAGAGAUCCCACCUAGUGUUCCUGGAGUCCAAACACUACUUGGGUUGGGAAAACAGUCCUUACUGCGCACGACCAAAAGUUGUUGCAAACAAGUUUGCAGUGGCUCAGCUGUUGCUGCUCUCCAUAGAGGACGUCCACCAGAACCUCCAGUCAGUGAUGGAAAUGCUCCCAGUGUUGUGCCCAUCAUAGGUGCUCGCCAGGCUACAGGCACGGCUCGCUUCGGCCAGGUCCUGCCAUCUUCAUCCUAUCAACACAUGAAGAUACACAAGCGAAUUCUUGGCCACCUUUCUUCUGUGUACUGCGUAGCCUUUGACCGCACUGGGCGACGGAUUUUUACUGGGUCAGAUGACUGCCUUGUGAAAAUCUGGGCCACAGACGAUGGCCGACUCCUGGCAACCCUCCGCGGUCACUCGGCAGAGAUCUGUGACAUGGCUGUGAACCACGAGAACAGUCUCAUUGCCUCAGCCAGCUGUGACAAAGUCAUACGAGUUUGGUGCCUCCGCACAUGUGCACCCAUAUGUGUUCUGCAGGCCCACGCUGCUUCCAUCACAUCCAUACAGUUUUGUCCUGCGGCCAAAGAGACUACACGCUACCUUGCGUCAACAGGGGCAGACGGCAUGGUGUGUUUUUGGAAGUGGCACUCCCUCAGCAUGAAAUUUAAUGAUCAGCCAGUCAAAUUUGUUGAACGAUCCCGGCCUGGAGUCCAGGUUUCCUCCUCUUCUUUCAGUAGCGGUGGCAUGUUUAUGGCUACUGGCAGCACAGAUCACAUGAUCAGGGUCUACUACCUCGGUGGAGAAACUCCUAUGAAACUGUCCGAGAUGGAUGCUCACACGGAUAAAGUUGCAGUUGUCCAGUUCAGCAAUAACAGUGAGAGCUUAAGGUUUGUAAGUGGCAGUCGGGAUGGCACAGCCAAGAUCUGGCACUACCAGCAACAGGAGUGGAAGAGCAUUGCUUUAGACAUGGCUGCAAAGCUACCUGGAAGUACUGCUACCAAUGGGGACGAUAAGGCCAAGCUGGUGGUGACCAUGGUGGCCUGGGAUCGCACAGAUACCACAGUGAUCACAGCUGUGUCGAACUUCCUCCUCAAAGUGUGGAGCUCAGCAUCUGGACAGCUGCUGCAUGUUUUAUCCGGACACGAUGAUGAAGUGUUUGUGCUGGAAGCUCACCCCUUCGAUCCCAGAAUCAUGUUAUCCGCUGGUCAUGAUGGCAACAUUUACAUCUGGGACCUAACCAGAGGAGUCAAGAUCCGCAAUUUCUUCAAUAUGAUCGAGGGCCAGGGCCAUGGUGCCAUAUACGACUGCAAGUUCUCCAUCGAUGGUCAGCAUUUUGCCUGCACUGACUCACACGGCCAUUUGCUCAUCUUUGGCUUUGGGUGCAGUAGACCAUAUGAAAAGAUUCCUGACCAGAUGUUUUUCCACACGGAUUACCGACCUCUCAUCCGCGACUCUAAUAACUAUGUUCUGGACGAGCAGACACAACAAGCCCCCCACCUUAUGCCCCCUCCCUUCUUGGUGGAUAUCGAUGGAAAUCCUCAUCCUCCUCACUUCCAGCGCCUGGUGCCAGGAAGGGAGAACUGCAAGGAUGACCAGCUAAUACCCCAGCUGGGAUACGUGGCAAACAGUGAUGGAGAGUUGGUGGAACAGGUACUUGGGCAGCAAACAGCAGAAAAUGGAGAAAGUUUAUUGGACAGCCUCAUCAGACAGUUACAGAAUGAGCAGGACGAAAGACAGAACGCAGAACAGCUGGUUGAUGCAGAAGACGUUGCUGAUGAAGCAGAGUUGGUACCCUCCUCCCCGGCUGUUGAAUCUCGCAGAAGUCGGCAGGUUGACGGGGUGUGGCAGAUGCAGCAUAACUCUCUUCAGAGUCAGGUGGCCACUGAGAGGGACCUGCUGGCCUGGAGCCACAGAGUUGUGGUUAAUGAGAUGCCACACGGGAACUUCAGGAUUUCAGAGGAAAGCAGACAAGCCAAAAGUGAACUGGAAUGUUCUCUUUACAAUGCAGAGAGGAAGAAAAAACCACUACUGAGCGCAGACAAGAAUAAUCCAUUAGCUACUCGACUGCGCUCCUUGCGACCAACCAAGAAAAAAAAGCAGGGCCACUCCUAUCAGACCCGCUCGGCUCAAGUGCGCCGACCCGCGACGAGGAGUCGAAAUCUGAACGCUCGGCGCAAUUCUGAGAGCCAUUCGGAGAAUGGAGAUACAGUAGAACAGAGAGGGCAGUCUGAAGCCUCCUCUGAUGGGGAAUCUCCGUGGCAGAGUGAAAGCAGCUCCAGUGAGUCAUCUAGUGAAUAUUCCGAUUGGACAGCCGAUGCUGGGAUCAACCUCCAGCCACCCAAGCGACCAACCAGAAGGCUUGUACAACCCUCAGGAUACAGCAGCUCUGAGGAGGAAGAGGGUGGGGAUGAGGCCAAGGAGGCAAAGAAAAAGGAAAUUGAGAAAAGGAAAAAGCCCAAAGUGACCAAAAAGAAACCACCUUCCUCUCUGGCUGGGCUCAAUCCUGAAGAAUGGCUGCCACCAUCAUGGAUCAUGGAGACUGUCCCCCAUCGCUCUCCUUUUGUUCCACAAAUGGGAGAUGAACUCAUUUACUUCAAGCAGGGCCAUCAGGCCUAUAUGCGCGCUGUUCGGAGAGCCAAGGCCUACAGCAUCAACCCCCAGAAACAACCGUGGAACAGAUUUGAUCUCAGGGACCAGGAAUCUGUGAAGGUUGUAGGAAUUAAGUAUGAAGUCGGACCUCCCACCCUCUGUUGCCUAAAACUGGCCUUCCUAGACCCCGUCUCAGGGAAAAUGACCAACGACUCCUUCUCUUUAAAGUAUCAUGAUAUGCCUGAUGUCAUCGAUUUUCUGGUCCUCCAGCAGUUCUACAACGAGGCUAAGGAGCACAACUGGCAGCCAGGAAUGAGGUUCCGCAGCAUCAUUGAUGACGCCUGGUGGUUUGGGUCUGUGGAGGAUCAGGAGCCUCUUCAGCUAGAAUAUCCAGACAGUCUGUUUCAGUGUUAUGCUGUGAAAUGGGACAAUGGUGAACGGGAGAAAAUGAGCCCCUGGGAUAUGGAGCCCAUACCAGAGGAAGCUCUCCUGCCAGAACAUGUUGGUGAUGGUGUGGAAGUAUCGGAGGACGAGCUUAAAGCUCUGCUUUACAGGCCACAGGAAGGAGAAUGGGGCGCUUUCACCCGUGACGAAGAGUGUGAAAGAGUCAUCUGUGGCAUCGAUCAGCUUCUCACGCUCGAUGUAGCGAAGGCUUUUGCAUCACCGGUGAACUUGCAGGACUACCCUUUGUACUGCACCGCCGUGGCGUACCCCACCGACCUCAGCACCAUCCGCAAACGGCUGGAGAAUCGCUUCUACAGGCGCAUCUCUGCUCUGAUGUGGGAGGUGCGCUACAUUGAACACAACGCUCGGACCUUCAAUGAACCCCAAAGCCCAAUUGUAGCAGCUUCUAAGGCGGUUACCGAUGUCCUUCUUCACUACAUAGGAGACCAGAGCUGCAUAGACAUCUUGGAGUUGUAUCACAAACUGAAGUCUGAGGUCAGCAGUGGAGAAGAAGCUGAGGUUGACUUGGAUGUAGACUCUGACACUCCAGGAACAUCUACAGGACAUCUGGGCUCCAAGUCCAGCUCCAAGAAGCGAGGUGUGGUUCUGGAUGUGAAAGCAUGGCACAGUCAGUGCCGAGAGCUGCUGCGGCGGAUGCUGGCUUCCCCGGAUUCAGGACCCUUCAGGCAGCCGGUCGAUCUUUUUGAGUAUCCUGACUAUCGGGACAUCAUUGACACACCCAUGGAUCUGGGCACUGUGUCCGAAACGCUGUUGGCAGGAAACUAUGAAAACCCAAUGGAGUUUGCCAAAGAUGUCCGCCUCAUUUUCAGCAACUCAAGAGCUUAUACACCCAACAAGAAGUCACAGAUCUUUUCUUUGACCCUCACCAUGUCGGCCUACUUCGAGAAACGUAUACUCCCCAUAAUCUCUGACUACAAGUCUGCCAUCCAAAAUGAGCGGCGCUCCCGUCAGAGAGUGAAUUACAGCGGCAGAUUACAAAACGGAACCAACUCUCAACCCAACAGGUCAACGUCCAGCUCGAAGAAACGGCAGCGGUCAGGAAAGAUGUCAGAACUGAAGAAAUCACAGACGUCAUCAAAGAGGCGGUGCCAGAGAUCCUAUCAGGAGCACCAAAGCAGCGGUAUAGCAGAGGAGGAGGACAGCCAGCCGUCUUUACCCAGUUCAGAGACGAGUGUGGAAGACAGACCUCCACAUCGAGCGAACCGCACCAAAGCAGCACCAGUCAAUAAGCGAGGGAAGCGGCAAAACUUUGCUCAGAACAAAAGCGCCAGACAGCAAUGCGGGGAAGAACCUGAAGACCACGACGAGGACGUAUCCAGCUCCACUAGCUCCUCGUCGGAAUCGACUUCAACUUCGUCAUCGUCUUCCUCCUCUUCCUCCUCAUCCUCCUCUUCCUCAGACACGGAGAGCAGCUCUGACUCUGAAGUAGAGAAGUUUGUCGAAGGAGGAGAUCAUGACUACAGCAAAGCCCCCCGUCAGCCACUGCGCCUGUCACUGAAGGGUAAGGUGGUGGCUUUGGGGAAAAGGAAAGCCAGAGCAGAGGAAGAGAUGCCACAGAUAGCUAAACGGACACGAGUACAGCUUCCAGCUGAGGAGGAGGACGAAGAUGAUGAUGAGGAGGAGGAGGAGGAUAAUGCAGAAGAAGAUGAAGAAGAAGAAGAGGAGGAGGAGGAGGAAGAGGAGCAACAAAUGGAAGUAAAACAUGUACAAGAAGUAGAACAUGAAGAGGAGUCUGAGGAGGAAGAGCCAGAGGAGGAAGAAGAAGAAGAAGAGGAGGAGGAAGAAGAAGAUGCUAACUCUGAAGUGCAGCAACAACCAGCAGCUGCAGCUGCAGCAGCUUCGGCUUCUGCAGCUAAUAAGCCGAGAGGAAGCCGCUGUCGGUCUGGGAGGGUGAACACGCGCAACCAAGGCCGCAGGACAGUGGUGUACAGGGACGAGUCCGAGGACGACGGCCACGGCUCGAAGGACGACCCUCUCAACCUGGGCAUGUCCCGCUCAGGACGGGUUCGCCGAAUGACUGAGAAGGCCCGGGUCAGCCAGCUUAUGGGCUGGAGUCACUGACACGCUACUCUCUCUCUCAAACCUCAAUUUAAAAAAACUUUAACGUGAAAAUCAGGGAUUUUUUUUCUACAAGUGUUUGUAUAUAUAUGAUUAAAUAUAUAUAAAUAGAAAUUUUUUUCUUUAUCUGAGAAUGCUUAUAACUCUAAUACUGAAAGAUGGUGCUCAUGAACUGUUGCCAUGGAUUUUUCCUCCUCGGUCAACAGAGCUUCUGCUCAGCAGGGACCCCCGCCCUCCAACUGGACUAACUCACUUUGGCCUUAUUACUUGUUUGAGGAGCAUCAGCUUUCCUCUCCCAACACUUCUUUUCCAUCAUGGGUGUUUUAAUUCUGGGGCAAAUACACUUUAUUUCCCCACAUUUCCUCUCCAAUUAUGUCAUAAACUGGUCACCAAAGAAAGAUGCCAAAAGGAAAAAAAAACAUUUUAAAAGGUGCUCAUUUUGGAUCUUUGUGAGACCGAACAGGGCUUUAACCCAUUUGGUCAUGAUGGGACAGGUGCAGUCUUGUUUGUGGUUUCUGAUGUCCACCUUUUGGGUUCUUGCUAUGGCGUCACAACAGCAUGCCGUAGGUAUUUUCUUUUUCUGACCUGGUGGUAUAAUUGUGCUUUUAGACUAGACAGGUUUGAGGAUGCUGUGAAAAAGCGAGUAGAGUAAUAUCCCCUCUCUACAUCUGUGAUUUAUGAAUGUCUAAUUCCUUUGUUUUGAUCUUAUUUUUUUUUGGAUUCCAAAUUGUGUUAUUUAAGUGAAACUGCUUUUCUUUGUGUUUUGAUUUUAUUUUUUUUUUAGGUCAUAUUUUUGUAGCAUAUUUUUUAAGCUGUUUUCCAUUCAUAGUUGCUACUCUUCCUUCCAGGCUGUCCAAAAGCAGAAGGUUUCCUUGUACAAAUCUUCCACAGAUAUAUUUAUUUUUUUUAUUUGAAUAUCCUUGGCUCACGUUAUCUAUUUCAUAUGUUAAUACUUGUGUGAAAAAGUAGAUAUUUGCACAUUGAUCUAUUCCCUGUGGCAGCUGAGAAUAAAGAUAGUACAGAUUUACGACCUUAUGAUUUCGUGACCUGUGCCAGCACACUUUGAUUUCAUAUAGCACAUUGCUAUCUUUCAUCCUGUGCAUAACUGAAUGUCUCGUCUGAUUUGUCUUCAUCAUUGUAAAAGAAGAAACUGCCACUUUCUUCUCCCCUGUUUUCCUCCAUCAGUGACUUUCUAAUCACUGGAUCUUGUUUGUUUCAUGAGCUGUGAUUCUUGACUGAUCACACAAUUAUUCCUUUUUUAAUGUCUGUGUGUGUUCAUAAUGUUUACAUACAAUUUUGCACUAUCGUGCAAACACUGCUAAGGUCAUUGGAGGCAGUGCUCAGUCAGACGAAAACCGAGAAAAAAGAUGAGUUGCUGAAAUCCAACCAUCCUCUUGCAUCGGUGCGAGAGCAAACUUCUUUUUUGUGUCGAAAUUCCCAGAAAUAAAACUCAAAUUGGCAUCAGCAUGUAGGAAAAUUCACCAAGAUUCACUGGCGUCCUGAAACUUGGUGUAUUAGCUUGGUGUAAAAUUAAGAUUCCUUUCUGGAAUUGUUUUUUUUUUUUUUUAUUGUAAACCAAGCCUAGUCUUGUUUGAGAACAUUGUAAUAAAAUAAUUACAUGUUUCUGUAGAUGGAUGAAGCUUAUGUGAGCGUGCUUUAUACAAAAUGUUUUGACCAUGUCUUAUUUUUUAAUAAAAUGUUAAAACUUCAAAAA